AUGAGGACACCUCCGCUUCCAUCGCCGGCCGAGGCCCCUUCGCCUGUCGCCGCAUCCCAUCCCCUCCGUCGAACCUCCUCCCAAUCAACUGGCUUUCUUCCUGUUCACAGCACUGGAUUUGCAAUCGAUGGAGACGCGAUCACGGAGAAUAACACGUGGAAUGCUAACGCUUAUUCUUCUAUUCCGAUUGAGCAGACUACGGACGCAUGUCAUACCUCAACGCCUGCGAAGAAAGACAGUUCCGAAGCGGGGAAGUACCCAGAGGACCAGGGACGAAGCCUGCAAACCCUUAAAGAGCUCCGGAGGCAGAUGGAAGAGUUGCUCGUCUAUCAACAGAUGCAACAAUCACAGAACCAGACUUCUUCGGCUAAUCGCGAAGCCCCUCCAUCGCAACCCGAUCCUGUCACCUCAAAUUCCCCUGGGUCGACAAGGAAAAGACCCCUCAAUGUAUCCUUCCCCAAAGUCGCCUCGUCCACAGGAGCGAUGCCCUCAGCUUCCUUCUCCGAUUCUACCGGGUCUGGUGGGACCAUCCGGGCUAUGGAUUCUACCCCCGACAACCUCACCGGCCAAACCCCGUCCUAUCCGUUCCCGAGAAUGCAGACGCAACCUUUGACGCGGCCGACACAGAGCUCCACACUCAACCAUAGCCCUUUCAAGUUGACACUGCCGGCUGAGAAACUGAAGACGCACAUGGUGCCAUCGCAACUUUCGGAGGAGCAGCAGCUGACAGGGGCAGAUACACCGCACUUGCAGAGCUUUUUCCUACCAGCGGUACACAAGAACGUGAUCGAGGAUCCGAACUAUCCCAGUCCAAAUUUGUAUGAUCUUACGUUGCAACUGAACGCAGAUCCGGGUUUAGACGCAUGGUGGGCGAAUGUGGUUCAUAUUCUGCAAGCCCAUUAUGGUGCUGAGAGAGUGUCGCUUGCCGUACCUGGCGAUGCGACUGACCUAGAAAAUGUCCCAUGGGGCCAGAAAGCGGUUUUUGAUCAGAACAUCGAGACGGAGUCGCAGGUACGGCAUCUGCACGAUGAGACGAGCACACCCCGCGAUAAUAUCCCGAAAGAGAAUGAAGACCCGGAGCGAAAGAAGGAACUGUUUCUUAGGGAAGCGCUUGCCAACGGAACAAGCGCUUCGAAAUCUCCAAAGCGACCCUCGCUUCUAUCGCGACACUCCUUCGCCGGGUUUGGCAAGGAAAGGAAGAUCUCCACUGUUCAGGACUCGGAAAUUCCGCGCCUACAACCAAAGUCUUCGCUCAGACCAGAGCUAAAACGCACAUCUACCCUCGCCGAGAACCCCGCCGCUCCAGAAACCGAGCCGUCAUCCGGGCCACCUCAUUAUACACAGGACAACCCUCGACAAGCUGUCUUCCCGAUACCUAGGCCGUUGGAAGUAGAAGCAGACCCGCUUAUCAAGCGGACAGGAGUUGUUAAGCUUUUUGGCCGCACCGACCCCGUUGUUCUGACCCGUGAAUACUCCCAGGGCUUGACACAUGAUCAGACGCCCUGUGAGACCCCCGAGGACAAAAUUCAAGUCACGCCGACCGCCGAGCCCUCCAAUAAUCAGGCACCAUACGCAGCCCGCGCUAGAUCGACUUCUAAUCCCGCUGCGUCAGGCUUGCAAGCACAUCGUACGUCGUCUAUGGAAUUCUUCGACGAGUACGAGCAAAUACCUCCUUCGCCGUGGUCGCAGUCGCCAGCUCCUUCGCCUGCGCCCCGUGCUCAUGCGGAGCAAAAUCCUUUUUUCGUCAGUCACGCUGUCGACGAGGAGGCAUUUGCGAAGCAUCCCCCGCCUCAUGAUUAUUCCAACCUCAAGCCCUUGGAAGCCAUAGGUGUCGACUUGGCCAAGUCAGUGGUCCAUAUUCCACUUUUGCACGCCGGCCGCUCUAAACAAACAUCACCGUCUACGUUACGAUUUCCCGUUGCAGUGAUUUCCAUUCUCUCCUCAAUAAUGCCUUAUCCCUCCAACCUGAGGAAGUCUUUGGCCUACCUCAUGCCCCAUCUAACCACUUCCUUUUGCUUGGCUCAACAAUACAGUCAGCUUGAGCGCCAAGUCACUUCCCGACUCGAGGUUCCGCGCUACGGACAUCUUCUUGGCCUUGGUGGAACAUUCUCCGAUGAAAGUAGCGAGUUGGAGCUCGUCGCUGGACUCAGCGGCCAUGUAAACUACACGAUAGCGGAUGAUGGAUCGCUUUCAGCCCGCGCCAGUCUUUCUAGUCCCGAAGAAAGAUCAAAUUCGGCCAAAUUUAGCCCUGCAGUAUCUGGACUUGGUACGCCUGGAUUCGAAUUGAGCAAUAUUGGGGCAGGGACAACUGUGAGUCUCUCCGAAUCACCCGGUGUGGCCGCACGGCUCAGCAAUGAUGGCGUGGACAGCUAUUUCAACGUUCAGCAGUCGAAGCAAUUCCAGCAGCGCAUUAGGCUGGCGAAGGUCAAACAAAACGUUGCAGCCUCAACUCCUACAUCCCCCGGCAAGUUCCUUGGGAAGCCCUCGGAGGAGGAGGUUGCCUCGCAGGACCAAAGCCCGGCAAUAAUAUCACCGCCACAAGAAAUUAAGGCGCCUCCAGUUAUAUCACCGACGCAAACUUCCCGGCACCCAUCAACAAAUUCAUUCUACGCUCAAUUACAACGCGAACUACCGCGUCCGUUCACCGACACUGUGGCUCAGCUCAUGUUGAACUCAGUUCCCCUGCAUCUAUUCCUUGCAAAGCCUCAAAGUGGCGAGGUUAUCUGGACUAAUUCGAAAUUCGAUGCUUACAGGCGGAGUCAACCCCAGGAACAGAAGCUAAGGGAUCCCUGGCAGAACAUCCACAGUAGCGAGCGCGACCACGUAUCUCAGGAAUGGGCAAAUGCUUUGCGUACGGGGUCUCAAAUCACCGAACGUGUACGCGUAAAGCGUUUCAACGAUGAGUCGGCUUAUCGUUGGUUCAUCUUCCGGGCAAAUCCGCUACUGUCUUCCACAGGAGAGGUGCUAUAUUGGAUCGGGUCAUUCCUUGAUAUCCAUGAACAGCAUAUUGCGGAGCUGAAAGCAGCACAGGAAAGAGAGAAAUUUGCCACUGAUGCCAAGUAUCGAGCAUUCUCCAAUUCUAUUCCGCAGAUCGUCUUCGAAGCGACAGAAUACCGGGGCCUUAUAUUCGUGAAUGAGCAAUGGCAUCUGUACACUGGACAGAAGCUUGAAGAUGCGCUUAACUUUGGCUUUGCAAAGCAUGUUCAUCAUGAUGAUCUAGAGAAGUGUGGCUUACUUUCCCUUUACCUCCAUGAAUCACAGAAAACUGGGGGCGCCAUUGACGCAGGUGAAGCGCCUGCGGAGACGACGGCCGCCAAGAAUUCUCAGGAGAAGCAUCUGGGUCAGGGCGUCACACCCGCACUGGAAGAGCUUGUCAAACGUGGAGUUGCGUCUGUGCAGAGAGAUGAGAAUGGUCGCGUCUUCUACUCGACAGAACUACGACUGCGUUCGAAAGGGGGUGAUUUCCGAUGGCACCUUGUUCGUCUGGUCUGUGUCGAGACAAGUAGUUUUGGCAGUGGCGAAGCGUCCUGGUACGGAACGUGCACGGAUAUCAACGACCGCAAGAAUUUAGAGCGGGAACUGAACAAAGCCAUGCAACAACUUAACAACCAGAUGGAGUCCAAGACGAAGUUCUUUAGCAAUAUGUCGCAUGAAAUCCGGACUCCACUAAACGGCAUCCUUGGCACCAUUCCUUUCAUUCUUGAUACCCAGUUGGACACUGAUCAGAGGAGAAUGCUUGAUACCAUCCAGAAUAGCUCGACCAACCUACGUGAGCUAGUCGACAAUAUUCUGGAUGUUUCGAGAGUGGAAGCUGGUAAAAUGUCGCUAGUCAACUCGUGGUUCCAUGUACGAUCUGUGAUUGAAGAUGUGAUCGACACUGUUUCGUCUAGGGCCAUCGACAAGGGCCUCGAGAUCAACUACUUGAUGGAUGUGGAUGUCCCGCCGAUGGUCAUAGGAGACAGAUUCCGAAUCCGACAGGUGCUCAUCAACCUUGUCGGUAAUGCAGUCAAGUUCACUGCGCAGGGGGAGAUUCACAUCUGCUGCUCCAUUUACCACGAUGCCUCAGCACAAAUCAAGAAGACUGAACUCUUAUUGAACUUCGAUGUCGUGGAUACGGGCAAAGGCUUCAGCGCGAGGGAUGCGGAACGGUUGAUGCAACGAUUCAGUCAGCUUGGGCAGAAUGGAUCGCAGCAACAUGCGGGUAGUGGGUUGGGACUGUUUUUAUCCAAGCAGCUUGUUGAGAUGCAUGGCGGAAAAUUGACUCCAAGCAGCAAGGAAGGCCAAGGCGCAAAGUUCUCCUUCCAUGUCAAAGUCGAUGCCCCCCCACCACCGACGCCCGAAGAAUCCCGGACCCUUCGACAAGCACAGGGUGCCUCUGAAAUGCUCGGAGCGCAGCCCAAGCUUAACCCCUUGCACAAACUACUUUUCACGAAAGAUACGCUCAAUAAUAAGACGCCAGAUCAAGCCGAACUGUCUUCUGCCCUCGAGUCAUCCCUCUCGAAAACACAAGCCAACCCAGAAACCCCCCUCCGUUUGACAACAACCAGUUUCUCCGAGCGGUCGUCACUUUCCUCUGCCCUUCCAACGCCUGAUCUUAGCACGGUAGACCCUCUAACUAAGAUCGAUGCCUCCGCUGCGGCCGGAACGGAACCCGUGACUCCAAGUGGUGACAGCUCACGUCCAGCGACCGAGCCAGUAUCCCAAGAGCAGGAAUCCCCCUCUUCGACUCAGCCACCGUCGUCGGGUGUUGCAAAUGACGCGAAACAAUUACCAAGCGCAUUCUCCAUUCUUAUCCUGUGCCCCUUGGACAACACUCGCAAAGCCAUCAAGCAACACAUCGAGCAGGUGGUCCCUCUUGAGGUCCCAUUCUCUAUUACCUCAACUCCAGAUAUCGAAGACUGGCGGGACCACGUGAGUGAUGAAACUGGCUCGAAGCUCACUCACUUGGUUCUCAACCUGCCCAGUGUGGACGACGUUUCGGACGUGAUUCAAUAUGUCUCAGAGUGUGAUCCCGCGACCGCUCCAACCCUUGUCAUCAUUUCCGACCUUUACCAGAAACGACAAGUCAACACCCGGAUCAAAGAGCUGGCUGCCACCGGAAGGCGUGUCUACACAGUACCAAAACCAGUCAAGCCCUCUGCCUUCUCUGCCAUCUUCGAUCCUGACAACCGACGCGAUCUGAGCAAGGAUAGAAACCAAGAUAUGGCUAGGGAGAUCAACAACAACUUCAAGACUAUGUCUAAGAUGGUUAAGGAGGUUAUCGGCAACAAAGGCUACAGGAUAUUAUUAGUAGAGGACGACGAGACGAAUCGCAUGGUGAUGUUGAAAUACCUCGAUAAGAUCAAAGUUAUGGCGGAGACAGCUACAAAUGGCCAAGAGUGUACAGAAAUGGUCUUUUCGAAGGAACCGGGAUACUACUCGCUCAUCAUUUGUGAUAUCCAGAUGCCUGUUAAGAAUGGGUAUGAUACGUGUCGUGAUAUCCGCGGUUGGGAGUUGAAGAAUCAUUAUCCUCAAAUCCCGAUCAUGGCGCUCUCAGCAAACGCAAUGACCGAUCAAAUUGAGGAUGCUGCACGAGCUGGCUUCAACGACUAUGUCACCAAGCCUAUCAAGCACAAUGAGUUGGGCAAGAUGAUGAUGGGUCUGCUCGAUCCUAAUCGGCCUUUGCUUCUCCUUCGCGACCGCCUCAGGGCCGAUAGUGAGGACCACCACCGCGAUUAA